AUGAAUACUUUUGUGGAAAAUGGUGAUAUAAAUAAAAAUGAAAAAGAAUGUGGUCAUAAUAAUGAUAAUAUAUUUAGAGUUAUCCCGAAAAAAUUACUUAAUUCAUCAAAUAUUAUACAUGUAAAAAAAGAAGAUAAGGAUUAUAUACUAGUUGAUAAAAAAAAUGGAAAUAUAUCUAAAAGUGAAAAUAUAGAAAUAUGCUUAAAAAAAAAUAUGCAUAUAACUUAUAACAAAGAGAUUAAAAAAAAUGGAGAAAAAAAAAAUCCAGACAAAUUAUUAAAAUUUAGUGAAACUCGAAAAAUUUGCAAAAAUUUUAAUUACAAUAAAUACUACGAAAGAGUCAAAAAAUGGAAAGAAAAAAGAUGUCCAAAAUUAAAGGAACAAAAUAAUUUCAUCAAAAUUGGAAAAAUUAAAAUAAAUAAAAAAAAUGGUGCAAAAAUUGAAUCCAAACAAAAUAAAUAUAAAAAGGCAAUAAAACAAAAUUCUGUUAUAUAUGGGAUUAUACAAAAAAGGGAAAAACAAAUAACCAAACUUGAUUCUAACAAUCCACAUCCUAAUCAGAUUAACCAAGAAAAAGAGACUAAGGCUAAUGAUGAAAUUAAAUCAAACAAUAUAAAUAAUAUGAAACUUGAAAAAUGUAUUAAUCAUCAAAAUAAUGAUAAAGGUAAUAUUUGUACCAAUACAAAAUUUAAUGGAAUUUGUAAAGAAAUAAAUUAUAAUAAUUUGUCUCAUACUUAUAGAAACAUAGAAAUUUCAAAUGAAACAAACAUAAAUAUACCAUAUUCAAAUAAAACUUUUAUGGAUAGUUUUAACAAUUUAAAUUUUUUAAAUAAUAAUUCAAAUAACCCUACUAUUAUUCUAUCAUCUAAUGAAACAAAUACUGUUGAUUUUGAAAACAAUUAUUUUUUAAACAUGAAUGAUGAAAAUAUGAUUCAAAUAAAAAAAUAUAUCAAUAGCAUUGACCAAACUAAAUACACUUUUGAUCAUUUAUAUCCUCGAAAGGUAUUUACUGAAGAUAUUUUUGAUGAAUUAACAAAAAAAAACAACCAAAAUAAAAGUAAUACAUAUGAACAACCUUUUCUGACCAUUUACAAUCCAUAUUCUCAUAUAAAUAUCACUUCUGAGAAAGUCAUAAAAAAAGAAACACAUAAUUUGAUAAAUGGGGCUAUUAAGACUAGUAUAUAUAAAGAAAGAAAUGAAAUAGACAACAAAUCUGUCGAAUACAAUGAUAACAAUAAUAUCCUAAUUAAUAACGAUUUAGAACAUUAUAAGAAAUUUUGUAAAAAUAAUAAAAAUAAAUUUAACUAUUUAAAAUUUACAAAUAAAAAAAAUAAUAAUUCCUCAUAUUUAAAUAUCAAAAACCCAUUUAUGUAUGCAUAUAAGAGGGUAAAAUUGCUUGAAAAUAUUAAGAAUGAGACGGAUAGAAAAAAUAAAAAAAUGAAAAAAAAUUGUCUCGAGUAUGAUAUUGAUCAAAAAAAAGCUAAUUAUAACGAAUCGAAUACAAUAGCUAGUUUGUGCGAAAAAACUUAUCAAAAUAUAAACUCUGAUUCAAUAAAUAAUAGUGAAAAUGAAAAUAAUAAAAAGACACUUAAAAAUAAUUUUGAAAAAUAUAAAUAUUCUACAUGUGAAAAUUUUUCAUUUAAUAAUGAUUUAAUAAUCGAUAAAACCCAACUUCAUAAUUUUAGCAUAACUUUUGAAAAUUACAGAAAAAUUUAUAAAAAUAUUUCGAGCAUUAAAAAAAAAAAAAUAAAACCAAAAAAAUUACUAAACUCAAUGGUUCUUAAUAUAAAUUGGCUAAGUAAACCAAUCAAGAUAAGACAAUCAGAUCCAAUACAAAACCAAUUAAACCCCAAAUGGGAAAUUCCAAAUACAAAUAGCAACAUAUUAAAACCCUCUUUAAUUGCUCACAAAAUUAUGCAGGUAUCCGAAGAAAUUGUAAAUCCUAACACACACAAGAAACUAAUACAAAUUACUGAAAAAUUGAUUGAAAGAAAUUUUGAUCUAUUUUUAUGUCUAUUUAUGAAAUAUGAACACCAAGAUAAUUAUCUUUUUUGUUUAAUAUUUGACAAUGAAUUAACUAAAGAUUCAUUUUUUUAUCAAAGUUGUGUAAAACCAAUGAUUGACAAUUAUAAGAAAUUAAAAUGCGAAAAAGUUAGAAAUGAAAAAAGAUGGGAUGGGGAGCAUAUAGAACCACAAUACUAUAAAUCGAUACAAAUAAAUAAAAUUAUUAUAGAAAUUAUGAUACCAACCAUAAAAAAAAAAUAUUUUAGUCACCUGACUAAGCUAUACAAAGAGAAAAAAAAAUGUUCAUCUGAAGUAGAUUCUUCGGAUGAAUUAGAAAAAGAAAUCAGAAAUAUUAAUAUAAAAAUCAAAAAUAUUAAUAUUACAAAAUCUAUGAAUGCUAAAGAAGAAAAAGAUAAAAAUAUUUCUAAUAAAAAAAAUAAUAAUUAUGAAAAAAAAAUAAAAUUAAUUGAUAAGCCAAAUUGGAGUAAUAAAAAAAAUAUUCAAAAAUUAUUAAAAAGACAACAUAAUUAUAAUCCUUUUACUAUUUUUGGAACGAGCAUAACAGAAGUAAAUCUCGAAGAAAUAUUUACUUUAGAUGUAUACAAUAAUUAUGUAACGAAUGAAGAUAGAUUUAAAAACAAAAUUUUAUAUGAAUUAUAUAUAACCGAUUAUAUACAAAAUUUAUAUGAAAAAAUAGACAGUCAAGAAUGGACUAUUGCUUUAGAUACACUAAAAAAACAUUGGAAAUAUUUUACUAAUUUAGAAUGCAAUAUGUUCUUAGAUCCUCUACUAUUAGAAGAAAUAUUAUGGUAUAUUGAUAAUAAUAAAAUGUAUAAAGAUAAAAGUAUGAAAAUAUAUACCUAUGAAAAAUGCUUUUGCCCUACCCCUGAUCCAAGUAACGAGCAUAAUUUAAAUGAUACGAAAUAUUUUACAAAAUCUAUGACAAAAAAAUAUACAACUGAAAAAUCAGACAAAUAUAAAAACCUAUCAUUAAAUGAAUGUGCUACAUGCCAUUACGAUGAUUUUGUUUUAAAAUAUGAUGACAUUAAUUUCGAUCAAAAUAUAUAUUCAAUUAUGUAUGCACACAAAAAAAAAAUUAUAAAAGAAAACAUACUUUAUAACAUUCCUAGACCAUCCUGCUCUUUUGAAUAUGAUUCAGAUUUUUUUCAUAAGGUGCAAAAGCAUAUUUUCAGAAAUAAAAAACUUACCCAUAAUAAUAAUAAAAAAAGCCCAGGAUUUUUCACAGAAAAUGAACCUUAUAUUAUAAAAUAUAAACCAAAAAAAUGGACCUCACAAAAUUUGUUUGAUAAUUUCUUUUACAAUUAUUACUUAUAUAACUUCAAUAAGAGGAGUAAAAAGUGCAAUUCGAUAAUAUGA